AUUAACUUUAAAAACCUACCAAAGUUGCUGAAGGCUCCUCUAAAAACAUCACAUUCAGCAAUAAAAAGCCUUAAAAAUUACCUUGUUAAUAGGAGUUGUUCACACAUCCUAGACAAUUUCUGUGUUGUUCAGUCCUUUUAAAAGUAGGCGAAGUCAGAUAAAAAAUUAUUUUUUACUUCCGAUGUCAGGCGAUGAAUAUUUUCCAUCGAGCAGUCCAAGCAGAGGAGAAACGAAGAAUGCAUCUCCUAAAAAUACGACUCUACAAAUGUCAAGUGAAAGUGAAUCAUAUCUUUUGAGUCCAAAACCUGCAUUUUCUCGGUCACAAUCUCCCUCGAGAUCUCCCUCUAAGUCACCAUCCCACGAAUCUGAACCAAGCAUACAAAUAGAAACAGACAAAGAUCAAGGCGAAAAACAAGAACAAAAUACUUUAUCGGCUAUAUCAUCAUCUCCCACAAGCAAAGGCCCCGCAGAAAAAGAAACCAAUAUUUUGCUAUUGUGCCAACUGACACCAAAUGUAACAGAAGAACAUGUGAAAGAGAUAUGCGGGCUAUGGGGAAAAGUGGUGUCAGUUCGACUGGCAAGGUUUUCGGCCAGUAACAAAUCAAAAGGAUUUGCAACUGUGGAGUUUGAGACGAAAGCCGAUGCACAAAAUGCCAUGGGAUACAUAGACAAAAUGAGUUUAGAUCACAUGGAAGUUCAAUGCUAUUAUACAACUGAGAUAGACCCAGUGUUGGCCAGACCAACUGGAAAGAAAACCAAUCAAAAAAGUGAUUAUAGAGGAAAAAAAAGCAACAAGCCAAAAAAUCAUCUGUCACCUAGUCCAAGACAUAAAAAUAUAGAAAAUGUAUCACCGAGAAGAAGGUCUAUCAGCCCUCAUCAUUGGUCACCAAACUCUAGAAAGCGUUUUUCUCCCAGCAAAUCUCCAAGCCCUUCAUACAAACGAUCUCCUGUCUCCAGUCGCCGGAGGAUGAAUGAAAGAAGGUAUUCACCAAACACAUACAGACGAGAUCCAAAUUCAUAUAAAAAAUCUUUUAGUCCGGUCCCACCAAGUUAUUCAAGAAAAAUAAUAAACACUCACCUGGCUCAUUCGCCUGGUUCACGUCAUCGAUCUCCACCAAGUCUUCGACGCAAUUACUCACCCAAUCCAAGACGCAAGUAUUCACCCAAUCCACGAUACAGAUACUCUCCUAGUCCUCGCCGUGAUUAUUCGUUUAGCCCUCGUCGCAGUUAUCCCACUUCGCGUCACAACUAUUCACCUAGUCCACGUCGUAGCUAUUCAUCCAGUCCACGCCGUAGUUAUUCGCCUAGCCCGCGUCACAAUUAUUCACCUAUCUCACGUCGUGACUACUCGCCUAGUCCACGUCGUAAUUAUUCACCCGAUCUGCAUCGUAAUUACUCACCUAGUCCACGCCGUAGGUACUCACCCAGCCCACGUCAUAACUGUCCAUCCAGUCCACAUCAUCAACCUUCACUUAGUCCGAAUCAUAAAUCUCUACCUGGAUCUUAUCGGAGGAUGACAUAUAACCGGUAUAGAAGAUCUAGAACCCCGGAAAUGCCUAUGAGUCCAAGAAGAGAUUCACCAGAUCCACCAAGGAGGUAUCUAUCACCAAAUUCAAUUCGUAGACGUGUUUCUCCACCAUCAAGACAAGAAUAUAUACACAGAAAUGGGAGGUGGAGACACUCACCGAGUCCAUCUAUGUCACCUCCAAGAAAAAAACGUAUUUCGAAAAACAGUGAAUCUAGGUCCCCUUCUCCCCACAAACGAUUCAAGAAUAGUCCGAUAAGAAGGCAAAGGCCACCAUUUCGUAGAUAAAAAAAUUAUAUAUAUAUGAUUAUUCAUCUGCUAGGUAGUUUGUAGGCACAAGCACAGUUUUAGAAUAAACUUAUAGACAGCAGCCUGUCAAAAUAUAAUAUAUAGUUUGUAGUAUGUCAAAUAGAUCUAAACACUUAAGAAAAUGCCAAAUGCUAAGCAAUUUUAGGCAGCAAUGGGCUCAUCAGCCUAUACAGCACUCGUAUCGAUAGCGAUGGCAGAAAUAUCUUUACUAAAAAAAGAAAUGUAACAUGACAGACAAGAAUUUAGCUGGCUAUAAUAUAUACAAGAUGCACAGAACCUAUUAAGAAGUGUUUUUAUAUAAAAUACUAUUUUGUAUUAAUCAAGGCUACUUUUUUAUGGAGCCAAUAGAAACUGGUCAAACUAGCAAGCAAAAACCCUUCGAUAACUCAAGGUAGGUGACAAGUCUAUGCAAAUACUCAUAUAUCAUAUUCAUUCAUCGUCCCUAUUUCGCCCAAUAAAUCCUAGUGCUACAACGAACAGCUCUGAUGAAUCUUUGUAAGAUGCAUCGGGUUUAGCGUAACAAACCCUUUCAAAAUACUGCUGCAGUAGCAAUUUAAACUGACUUUCUGUACCACCUCUGUUUAUCUUAAAGAUAGCAUUGGCCCCAUGUUUUAGAGUAAGUUUGCCAAAUUCGAAGGCGAGUUCAGCCAAUGCAAGUAACCGUAUAUGAUCUGUCUGUUUAUGCCCACAGAAAGAGGGUGCCAUGUCAGAUACCAAAAGAUCAAUUUUUCUGUCUCGAAGAAUGUUCCCUAUAAUACGAGGUGUAUUGGUGUUCGUGAAAUCUAAGAUAAGUUGUGUUGUAUUAGGAAUCGGUGUCAUAGGUGCUUUGUCUACGCUAAUAAUAUGUGCGCAAGGGAAUCUUCGAUGCAAAACUUGAGUCCACCCACCAGGAGAGGCACCGAGAUCAAUUAUCAACUGAGCCCGAGUAACAUGAUAAGAAUUUAAAAUCUGGUCCAACUUAAAGGCAGACCGAGCAGCAAAACCUUGUUCACGAGCCAUCCGCGUAUAUGGAUCAGACUGUUGACGCUUGAGCCAUCUUAUCGAAGAAGAAGAUCCUCUAAUAUGACUAGCUUGUGCUUGAGUUACUACACCUCGUUGAUCAUUGUAAAUACGUUUGCUAAUUUUAAAGCAAGAAAAUAUAUUUUAGUUAUCAGCU